AAGUGAUCAUUUAUCUGCGUGGCUAGGAGGAGCCACUGGCAUUGCAGCAAUUUAGCUGUGCUCAGAAAGGGUUGGAAAAAAAAAAUCCUGAGGUCUGCAUAGGCAAGAAGGAGUUAAUGCUUGUCGAGCAUUAUUCUUAUACAAAUUAAGUCCAGAGCACAGCAGCAGCCUCACCAGCAGGAGCAGAUGCUAGGCAGUGAUGCAACCUGUGUUAUUUACUUAGGCCUCUGUAGUGACCUUACUGGCUUGCAGACAAAGGAUACACAUAUCUGGAGGAACGUUUAGAAGCCAUGAUGCGUCGGUCCCUUGAACGCAGCCAGCAGCUGGAACAGAAGCAGAAGCGAUGGUCGUGGGGAGGAGCACUGGCUGCAGGCUCAGGAGGGAGAGAUGGUGAAUCAGAAAAUACCCCACCCCCUGUUCUAGGUUUAGCUGCCAACACCCUUCCUCCAGACCCUGUGACCUCUACUGCUCCUGCUGAUUCCUUCAAUGCACCAGCUAGUCCGCUUAAAUCUCCCUACAAGCCUUCCCCCACCCGAAGCGCCGACAGAAAGAAGGCAACUUCACCCUCCACUUCUGAUGCUGUGAAAGGGGCGGCUGCCGCUGAAGCUACUCAGACUGAGAAGAUAAAGAAAGAGAAGCGACCCGCAACACCUGGUUCAUCAUCUGGUAUGGGAUCUCCUCUAAGAAGGUCCGAUUCUCCUGCUGCCAUGUCCAGAAGGUCUGCAUCACCUGCGACACCUAAGUAUGCCUUUCUUACUAGUGGUCUAAUAUGCUGUGAGCUUCUUGUAACCUAUAAAGGAGACAUAGAUUCUUGA